AUGUCCACUCUGCCGUCCCUGGCGAGGCGGGUUCUGCGGCGGCAGCUGGAGUGGCGGCCUUCCUUCGGCUACGAGCAGCUGCGGAGGUGGUCCCCGAGGCCGAACUCGUCCCGGGGAAAGUCUCCCCUGCGGAUGAUCCCGGGGGGCCGCGGCGAUGAGCCCAAGUCGGAGUGGUGGGUGGUCGACGGGGAGAUGCACGAGAUCGGGGACCACGUCCCUCCGAGGGAGCGGUUCGUCAUCCCGAGGGAUAAUCUGCCCAACAGACGCCGGAAGCAGCUGCGGGAGCAGUUCAUGCGCCGUACUCGCCUCGUCCUCAAGGAAACGGUGAGCAGAAUCUCGAAAUUGUGAAAUGAAUGUUUGGAUUUCGUGUGUAAGAUGCUUUCGUCUGCCGGAGUUUCUGCCGACGAAACCUUCCGUUUCUCCGGCCGGCCUCUUUUUCAGCCCUUCUUUUUUUAAGUGUACAUCCUCACCAUCUAGGGGAGAACUGUCAGAAAAGAAACCCCUCCAGGGAUCAAAAGAGGAAGUUCACGUCAUUGCUUGGAGGAUAGUUCAUUGCCCUCGCUUUGGGCGCGGGAAUUUUCUCUCUAAAUAUGAUGGAAUAUCCAAGAGGAAAGGAAUCGGACGAUCUCCAAUGGAAUGGUGCUCUUUGAAAGAGGAAUUUAUGAAUGAUUUUUCACUAUUAAUCUCCCCGGAUUAUGGCAUAUACCAAUUUGUGCAUGAUUCAACCGACAGUUCUUGCUUCUAUCGUUCUGUUCAUACAUUCCUAUUACGAAGAUCCUGCUACCAUAAGCACGAAAAAUGUACAGGAGAAGUAUGAUAUAUUAAGAUUUUCUGGCGGCUACCAGAGCCAUCAAUCUCACAUUAGUUCAAUCGAUUAUGUUGCCUUACAUGAACAGAUUCAUUUUUCGCUUCAUUAUUCGCUCUUUGUUUGUAGAAACGUUGUUUGUUCCAUCUAAUAUCUUCCAGGCACUGGAUCCCAAUCUCCUACCCCGAUACUAUUUCCUCUUAGAAGUCCCUUAAUUCCACUCAUGAACCUUCCCCCCUCUCACAUUUUUGGAUCCAUGCAGCAGAUUUUCCAUGACUUCGCCAUAUCUUUGUCUUGGAUUGGUGUAAACUAUCUGAGUACACGCUCUUUGACUUCAUGUGCAUUUAAACUUUGUCUCUUUUUUUUUGUCUCUCUUGAGUCUGAUUGUCCUUCUCGAAACAAUUUUCCCCCAAUUAUUUUUGAUUAUUGUCGAUGGUAUAUUGAAUAAAUAAAUUGGGAUUCUAUUGAAGCCCUAGAAAUUCGUAUCAUUUGCGUGAAAUACCUGACGAAACUUUGAUGGCUGACUUGAAAGGAGCAUGAACCCUGGUGCAAAAGGUAUAUGGAGCUCUUUCAGGAGCUUAGAGAGAAUUGGGAGAGGGUCUAUUGGGAUGAAGGGUAUUCCAAGAAACUUGCCAGCGAUCAUGCUAGCUACGAAUCCGCCGAAGAUGAUGACCAAGACUUCUCGCCAUACAGGUUAAAAACCUCCUCAUUCUUCGGUACACUCGUCUUUAACAGCCUGAGAGACUCAUGGGACGUGCUAUCUUUCCCAUUUCAGAAGAAGAGAGCCUCAUCUCAGCCAAGAUAAGGUGCUCCACUCCAUCGAUGAUUCCUCCCCUCUGCCUGCCUUCUUUGGCUGUGUUCUUCAUACUGUGGACUCCAUUGCUUUAAGGAGGUUUUUUAUGUGGGAAUCUCUUUGUAGAACAUUGGGAAGAGGGUGGGCUUCAUGGUAGGGGGCAAUGGAAGGAUGUGAAGGAAACUGGAUUGGGUGGAGAAGGUAGAAAAAUGGUGUUGACUUUGUAGAGAUCCAGGCUAUCAGAGCAUGGGGAUUCUGGGGUAUGCUGGAAAAAGAAAGAGAGUGGUUCUAUCUAGAUUUCUACGUGUGCCAUUUGGCUUUACAUGUUGGCAUUUCCUAACUAUCCUUGGGAAAUUAUUCACAUGAUUCUAGGGUUUGUGAGGAUGUCAGGUUGACUCUAUGUGGGUUGACAACUUUGCUUGCAGGACCAAGGAUCCACCGGAAAGAGGCCUGCUGGUGCAUGGGACAUGGUUGGCCAGAUGCGGGACAAGUUUGAAUAUGAUAGAGAAAGAAGAAUGAGAGAGAAGGGUAAGAUGCCCCAUGCCAUGCCCUCUGUAUAACUUGAUAUCUUCCAGCGGAAACCAACCCCAUUAUGGUCAUCUUUUUGCGAGCUUUUUUUUUAUUAAAACCAGUCAGAUUGGUAGCUAAGCAAGCAUAUCUCAAGUAAAUGUCUCGGUUAGUGGACUUUGACACGUGUCGACCAUGCAGCAUUUGCUCCGAUGCACGGCAGGAGCUCCGUGGAGUCGCAGAGGUCGGAUCCCAACGGCCAUCAACCUUUUGACGUUGACAAAUUCUUCCCUAGAUCUUCGUGA